AUGUCGCCCUCCUCCAUCUUCCAGCCCUACCUCUCCCCAUCCCUGUCCGCCUUCCUAGCCCACCUCCCCGCCUCGAUCCCGCUGGACACGCUGAGCCGCACGCCGCCGUCGCGCCUGCAACGCACCGCGCUGCCCAACAUCGGCCUCAUCGAACUGGUCUCGGCGGACGACUUCGCCGUCCUGUACGACCCGCUGUACGUCCACAGUUUCCCGCGCGACCCUGAGCGGGAACGGUCCGACUUGAUCGUCGAGCGUCUGGCGGCGCAGGCCCGGGGCGAGCGCAAGGGCCUGGCGCCCUACCGCAUCGUCGGCGUCCGGGAUCACCACGGCGAGGCCAUUGGGGCCGCCCAGUUCAGCGUCUUGCCGGUGCCUCCACGGAAAGGGAGGAAGACGAUCAACGCCGACCAUGCCACAGGCGAUGCCGAAGACGGUGCAGCCAAAUACGCCGUGCCGUAUCUACAGUACAUCUACGUACGGCGCCAGAAUCGCCGCCAAGACAUGUCCGAGGUCCUGCACACGAUGGUGCUCGCCGUGGCGACCGCGGACGCCGCGCUGAUGGACGCCGAGGACGGAGUCCCGGAUAUCGUGCGAUGCGGACGACGGAGCGUGCCCUUCACGCUCUUCGAGACCGAACCGCCCGACCACGGCGACGACCACGCCAGCCGGGCCUACGCGCUCGAACGGUCCAAAAUCCACACGUCAACCGGCGGCAUGGCGCUCGUGCUGCGUCGACCGCGGCGUACCCCGCAGGACGCUCCCGUCGACGGCGAAAAUGCUGGAGAAGAAGAAGAAGAAGAAGAAGAGGACGAGAUCCUCAGCGCCCAUGUCCAGCCGGGCCUCGAACCCGCCGACCCGCCCCUGACGCUCGUCUGGAUCAUCCGUCCCGCACCGACCGCCACCCCCGGCCAGGACUACGACCUGACGAGUCUCGGCAAGGCCCUCGUCGCGGCGUACUACCAGAGUUUGCGGGACGAAGGGUUUCCCGAGAAGAACAUCGCCCUAGCGGAGAGGAUCGUGGAGCAGAGAUGCCAGGGUAGUGUCUUCCACCUGAUGCCACUGGCCGAUGUCAGGGAUUUUAGCGUGGACAAGGGACAUUUGGAUAUAAAGGAGAGCACAUAA